GCUGGCCGGGCGCCAUCGGCGCGGGUUGCGUCAGACGAGGCGCUCCGCCGGGUCGGAGCGUCGCUCGCCCGACCGCGCUCCGCAAGAUGCUGCGGGCGGCCCCGCGGCUGCUGCGGACCGUCUGCACGAGCUCCGCGGCAUACCAGCAUAAGCUAAAGCUAGCCCUUAUAGGUCAAAGUAUUUUUGGACAAGAAGUUUAUAACAAGCUGAGGAAAGAGGGCCACAAAGUUGUGGGAGUUUUCACUGUGCCUGACAAGAAUGGACAAGCUGAUCCUUUGGCACUGGCAGCAGAGAAGGACGGCACUCCUGUUUUUAAAUUUCCCAGAUGGAGAGCUAAAGGCAAGCCUAUCCAGGAAGUAGUUGCAGCCUACAAAUCGGUUGGAGCAGAGCUAAAUGUCCUUCCAUUCUGUACACAGUUCAUCCCAAUGGAUGUCAUUGACUGCCCAAAACAUGGCUCAAUUAUUUACCAUCCAUCCAUCCUACCACGCCACCGAGGAGCUUCUGCAAUCAACUGGACUUUAAUUCAAGGAGAUAAGAAAGCAGGAUUUACAAUUUUUUGGGCUGAUGAUGGUUUGGACACUGGACCAAUACUUCUGCAGCGAGAAUGCGAUGUUGGCGAAAAUGAUACCGUGGAUGAUCUGUAUAACAGGUUUCUCUUCCCUGAAGGAGUAAAGGCUAUGGUGGAAGCUGUACAUCUUAUUGCUGAUGGUAAGGCACCUCGUAUACCUCAGCCGAAAGAAGGGGCAACAUAUGAAGGGAUCCAGAAAAAGGAAAACGCAGAGGUCUCCUGGGAUCAACCUGCAGCAGCUUUGCACAACUGGAUCCGAGGGCAUGAUAAAGUACCUGGAGCAUGGGCAACAAUAGAUGACCAGGUGGUUACUUUUUAUGGCUCAUCAUUACUUGAUGCUUCAGUGCCUGCUGGACAAGAGCUGGCAAUAAAAGGUGCUUCAAGACCCGGACUUGUAACCAAGAAUGGUCUAGUCAUUUUUGGUAAUGAUGGGAAGAUGGUACUAGUGAGAAAUCUGCAGUUUGAGGAUGGAAAAAUGAUCCCUGCUUCUAAAUACUUCUCUGCUGAUGAAACAACUACCGUGGAACUUACAGAAGAGGAGAAAAAGAUGGCAGAAGAUAUUAAGGCUAUAUGGAAAGGAAUUUUGAGCAAUGUUGCUGUAAUUGAAGAUUCCACAGACUUCUUCAAAUCUGGAGCAUCCUCUAUGCAUGUUGUCAGAAUGAUAGAAGAGAUCAAACAGAAACACAGUGGACUUCAGCUACAGAAUGAAGAUGUGUAUAUGGCCACAAAGUUUGCAGACUUUAUUCAAAUGGCUGUCAGAAAACUCAGAGGAGAGAACAAAGAAGAAGAGUUGGUCAUUGAUUAUGUUUCAAAAAAUGUGAACAACAUGACUGUGAAUAUGCCGUACCAGUGUUUCAUUAAUGGUCAGUUUGUCAGUGCUGAUGAUGGAAAAACAUAUGAUACCAUAAAUCCAACAGAUGGAUCAGUAAUUGCCAGUGUAUCUUCUGCUUCCUUGGCUGAUGUUGACAAAGCAGUGGCAGCAGCAAAAGAGGCAUUUGAAAACGGUGAAUGGGGGAGAAUGAAUGCAAGAGAAAGAGGGCGACUCAUGUACAAGCUUGCAGACCUAAUGGAAGAACAUCAAGAAGAGUUAGCAACUAUAGAGUCUAUCGAUUCAGGAGCUGUGUACACAUUAGCUUUGAAGACCCAUGUUGGAAUGUCUGUACAAACAUUCAGAUAUUUUGCUGGAUGGUGUGACAAAAUUCAGGGUGCAACAAUUCCAAUUAACCAGGCCCGCCCAAACCAUAAUCUAACAUUCACCAAGAAAGAGCCAAUAGGUGUCUGUGCAAUCGUUAUCCCUUGGAAUUACCCACUGAUGAUGCUUGCAUGGAAGAGUGCAGCGUGCUUGGCUGCAGGCAACACACUGGUUCUCAAACCAGCUCAGGUCACACCUCUGACUGCCUUGAAGUUUGCAGAGCUCUCAGCUAAAGCUGGAUUUCCUAAGGGUGUUAUAAAUAUACUACCUGGUUCAGGUGGCUUAGUGGGACAGCACUUAUCUAAACACCCAGAUGUUCGCAAAGUUGGCUUCACUGGUUCUACACCGACUGGUAAAGAGAUCAUGAAGAGUGCAGCUACUAAUCUGAAGAAAGUUUCUCUUGAACUCGGUGGUAAAUCACCAUUGAUCAUAUUCAAUGACUGUGAACUUGACAGAGCUGUAAAAAUGGGUAUGGGAGCAGUGUAUUUCAACAAAGGAGAAAAUUGCAUUGCUGCUGGCAGGCUGUUUGUGGAGGAGUCAAUCCAUGACGAAUUUGUUAGAAAAGUGGUGGAAGAAAUAAAAAAGAUGAAAAUCGGUGACCCACUUGAUAGAUCAACAGAUCAUGGCCCACAGAAUCACAAAGCCCAUCUGGAAAAGCUGCUGCAAUACUGUGAAACUGGAGUAAAAGAAGGAGCCACUCUAGUGUAUGGAGGAAGACAAGUAUGUAGACCAGGUUUCUUCAUGGAACCCACUGUAUUCACAGAUGUUGAAGACCAUAUGUAUAUUGCACAGGAAGAAUCUUUUGGUCCUGUGAUGGUGAUUUCCAAAUUUAAAAAUGGAGAUAUCGAUGGAGUGCUACGACGGGCAAACACCACAGAAUACGGUUUAGCCUCAGGAGUUUUCACAAAGGACAUAAGCAAAGCUCUCUAUAUCAGUGAAAAGCUGGAAGCUGGAACAGUUUUUAUUAAUACAUACAACAAAACUGAUGUGGCGGCACCAUUUGGUGGAUUUAAACAGUCUGGCUUUGGAAAAGAUUUAGGUGAAGAAGCUCUUCAUGAAUACCUUAGAACAAAGGCUAUCACUGUGGAAUAUUAACAGCCUCACUUGGAAAGUAAACUUCCAUCAGUUUUAAUCUUAAAGACUCCGUGAAGCACUUAAUACCAUGGCUGGGAUACACCAUCUGCAGUGCUCCAUCUAAAAAAAACAAAUACCCUCAUUCCAUAGAUAAUUUCUAUAAGUCAGGUCCAAACUUGAGUCUCACUGAAAGACAAAAGCAUUUGGCCUGACAUUAUAUAAAAGAUCCAGCAACAGUAGCAGUGGUUAGCACAAGCCAAAAAAAAAAAAGUAGUUUGGCUUAUAUUUUUUUUUUUAAAUACAACUGAAGAGAAGGUUCUCACAUGCCUACUUCUUAUUUGCGUGACUGUGUUUACACGAUCGCAUUUACACGACCAUUUUAAAGUUAGUUGUUAGGUUUCUUUUAAAGUUGAACUGAAAUAUGCAUAUUAUGUCAUUUUUGCUAUAAACCAAGUUUUACAGUAGCAACGUAACAUUCUGCUCUGGUGAUUCGUCAGCAGUACAGAAAACCUUUGUGCCAUAAGAAGUAAAUCAAUGCAAGAAAGUGCACUUACUAUGAUCUUUGUAUAGUACAUACAGAGUUCAACAUCUGUGUUAAACUAUGCAUACCGAGAUAAAGUUACUGAAAAUAAUUUUCUAUCUUUUUGUUGAUACGGAAUGUGUGAUCAGCCUGCAGUCUGAAAGGUGGUUACAUUAACAGAUUAAAAUCACUUUGUCUGCGCAGAUGGACUGUUAUCACUGUUUUAUAUGGCAUGACUAUUACUUUACAUUUUAUAUUCUUUUCUUUUUUAAAUCUACGGGAAAAUCUCUUGUAGAAUGACUGAGUUAAGACAUUGGCUUUCAAACUUUCUUCAGUUUGAAGUUUUCCAUACGGAUCAAGACCUUAUCCAACAAACUGACUGUAUGUAAGGCUGCUUGCUCUUCCUAGACUGCACCUCCACCUAAAACUUAAUCUGAUCUCUGGGCUGCCAUUAAAAACAGCAGUCCCACUUCCUGAUUCCCAUCCUUCCUCUUUCUUAAAAUAUUCUGUGACUUAAUCAGCUGUUCCCAGUAAAUUUUACGCCCCUUCCAUUUUUAAGAGGCUAUACUGUGAAAAAAAAAAAAAAAGAAUCCUUGUUUCUUAUCAAAAGCACUAC